AUGGCCGAGGGUACAGAACAGACUCAUCCUGCUUAUGUGCGCGACACGCAUCAAUACGACCCUCUGCAGCCUCGGCUCUUUGCUCGUACGCAACCUUCGGCACGGAAUGCGCACCGAUACAAGCACAGGCUGUUCUCUGGCGCGUUUGCGUGGACGAUGGACAAGGUCAAUACGCUGGGAUCCGAUGUCGAUGGGCACACUGGAUGCGUGAACGCGCUGAGCUGGGCGGAAGAUGGAAACCUCUUGAUCAGUGGCGGCGACGACACUACGGUGCGAUUGUGGAGGUUGCAAGGGCGCGAUCCGGACGAGCGCUUUCCAUUUACCUGUCAAGGCACGGUCCGGACAGGCCACACGGCCAAUAUCUUCAACGCGCAAAUGCUUCCCUAUACUCAUAAAGUCGCCACAGUCGCCGGAGACAGCCAAGUGCGCGUUUUUGAUGUAACAGCUGCUGCCUCGGGCCCGGAGGACGGCAGCUACGACGCCCGUGAUACGCCCGGAACUCGCGUGCUGCGGUGUCAUACGGCGCGGACGAAGCGGAUUGUGACGGAAGAGAGUGAGGACGUGUUUCUGACCGUGGCCGAGGAUGGGACUGUGAGGCAACACGACCUUCGCGCCUCGCAUCGUUGUCGCUCUGGUUGUCCGGCUCCCCUCGUAAAGCUCAGGACCGAUCUCAGCACACUGGCUCUGAGUCCGCUCAGUCCGUGGUUGUUCGUCGUCGCAGGCGAGGCUUCGUGUGGCUAUCUCUUUGAUCGUCGGCACGCCGGAAGAAUCAUUCAGGAAGAGUGGGGUGUCCCGCCCUCUGACGAUGCCACGACGUGUGUGCGCAGGUUCGGAAGACGCAGGCGCGGAGCAGGGGAGAGGCGCGGGUACGAGCACGUCACGGGUGCGCGGAUGUCUUCUCAGAACGGACACGAGGUUCUUCUAUCGUAUAGCUCCGACGCUAUCUAUCUCUACUCGACGCUGGACAGUCCCGAGGACUCGACCGUUCGUACAUCCGGAUCGGCCAUCGUUCUUCCGAAUGUCGCGGAUGAGCGUGCGGCCAAACGGAGGAGGAUCCAAGGCGAUUCCAGCGAGCCUGACAGGUUAUCGCUUCCCGGGGUCGAGAUGGUAUACGAGGACGAAGACGGGGAUGCCGAAGGUGCUAGCGAGGACAUGGACUUGGAGAUGAUCGCCGGCCAUGCUGAAGAGGAUCCCGAAGAGGAUAUCAGCAUGGAUUCGGAGGAGAGCGAAGAGGAGGAUGGAGAAGACGAAGGGGAAGGUUCGCGUCUGAUCGACUCGUGCUUCGGUGACAUUGGCAUCGUUUUGCCCCGACGGCGAUAUAGUGGGCAUUGCAACGUCGAGACUGUCAAGGACGUCAACUUUCUCGGGUCACAGGAUGAAUACGUCGUAUCUGGUUCGGACGACGGCAAUUGGUUCAUGUGGCGCAAGAGCACCGGUGCUCUGUGUGGCAUUUACGAAGGAGACUCUAGUGUCGUGAACGUUAUCGAGAUGCACCCGCAUCUACCGAUGGUGGCGUGCAGUGGGAUCGACACUACAGUCAAGAUCUUCGCGCCGGUACGGCGACCCAGUGCCGCCUCGCAGAUGCACAGGGUUGACGCCGUCGUCGCUCGAAACAGCGAAGCUGUAGCGGAGCGCAUUGACCUGGGAAGCAUGUACAUACGGUAUCAGAUGGCGCUUCGGGCAGCUGUGCGGAGGAGGCAGCGAGAGGCGGCGGGGGAGGCGGGAGAGGGAGAGGACGAGGACGAAGAGGAUGGUUGCACGUUUCAGUGA